AUGGGCGCCCCCUUUCCCACCGGGGUCGUAGGUCACUGGCAGCUGCGGCCUGCAACCCCGGGAACCCCGGGAUCCACCGAUCCCCACGGGCGGCCGGUGCGCGCGCGGCUGCAGCGGAUGCGGCGGGCGCUGGGCAACCGCAGGAAGAUCCUGGUGCGCAACCUGCCGCGCGGCUGCGGGUGCCAGGAAGUCCAUGAUUUGUUAAAGGACUAUGAGCUAAAGUAUUGUUACGUGGACAGAAACAAACGGACAGCCUUCGUCACCUUGCUGGAUGGGGACCAGGCGCGGAGCGCGAUCGAGAUGUUCCACCAGUCUUCCUUCCGCGGCAAGGACUUGGUGGUACAGCUGCAGCCCACGGACGCACUGCUGUGCGUCACCAAGCUGCCUGCGUCGCUCACGCUGGAGGAGUUCGAGGAGCUCGUCCGCGCCUACGGCAACGUCGAGCGCUGCUUCCUGGUCUACAGCGAGGCGACUGGCCUCUCCAAGGGCUACGGCUUCGUGGAGUACAUGAAGAAGGACUCGGCUGCCAGGGCCCGGCUGGGGCUGCUGGGGACGCGGCUGGGGCCCUCGGCGCUGUUCGCGCAGUGGAUGGAUGUCAACCUGCUGGCCUCCGAGCGCGUGCACUCCAGGUGCCUCUGCGUGGACGAGCUGCCCGCCGACUACCGCGACUCGGCGGAGCUCCUGCGCUGCUUCUCGCGGCUCCACACGCCCGUGUUCUGCCAGCUGGCCCAGGAUGAAGGACACUGUGCAGGGGGCUUCGCGGUGGUGGAAUACAGCAGCCCUGAGCACGCCGAGGAGGCCCAGCAGGCAGCCGCUGGCCUGAGCAUCGGGGGCAGCGCCAUCCAGGUGUCCUUCUGUGCCCCGGGGGCGCCGGGCAGGAGCACGCUGGCGGCACUCAUCGCUGCGCAGUGCGUGGGUGGCCAGAAGGGGCUGCUCCCGGAGCCGAGCCCAGUGCAGAUCAUGAAGGGUCUGAGCAAUCCGGCCACGCUGCAGGCCCUGCUGCGGCCCCGGCUGUGCGGACGGGCAGCGAAGCCAGCGGUCCUUGGAGUGCCUCCUGGCCUGCCGCAGCUCCUCAGUGCCCAGGGGCCGCCCACGUUCCUACCCCUGAAUAAACCACAACAGAGCCCGCUCCUGCCCGGUGUGCCGCCCGGGGCCCCGGCGCAGCCGCCGCUGGCGAAGCUCGAGGGCGUCCACCCCAGCAACAAGCCCGGCCUGCUCGGGGAGCCCCCGGCCCUGGCCCUGCAGACGGCGCUCGGGAUGGGGCUGGCGCUGCCGCUGAGGACGGAGCCGGGACCCCCGGGAGAGACACCGAAAACUCUGAAUCUGGUUCCAGCCCCAGCGACCCUCACCGCGGCCUUGGGCCUGUUGCCCUUCUUCCCAAGCCAGCGCAGCGUGGGACAGGCUGGCCCGGGGCUGGGGACUGCUCAGGAGAAGCACUCGGCCCCCGUGGGUGUUCCGGAAGGGAACUUCUCGGGGUCACAGCCGUGCCUGCAGAGCUUCGCCAGCCUCGCUGCAGGGGGCCUGCCAGCCGCACAGCACAGGCAACCGCAGAUCCCGCCGACAGAGCCGGGUUCAGGGGCUGCCUCUAAGAAUCAGACUUCACUCCUGGGAGAGCCACCUAAAGAGAUCCGGCUCAGUAAAAACCCGUACCUGAACCUGGCGAGUGUGCUGCCCGGGGCGCGCCUGGCGUCUGCUGUGGGCCAUGCCACCCUGCAGAAGCCCGGCCUGGCCAGCACUGUCCUGGACACCAUCGCACAGGGCAACGCCGCACAGUGUGUGCUGGACAACUGUGUCACCUACUCGCCGCCUUUUGGGGAUUCUGCCCAGGUGUCCUCUCUCAGAACUGAGAAGCGGGGCGCAUCCUAUUUGCUCACCGCCCCUGAGGGUGGCACCAGGGACUGCGUGGACCAGCACACGCAGGGCACAGGCAUGUGCUACAUAGAGACCUACUUGAAGAAGAAGCGCGUUUACUGAGCGGAGUCCACGCCACCUGCUUGGUUCCCGGCAGUGUCCCAGCUGCCCAGCGCUGCCUUAACUUCCCAACUAGCCAGAGCCUUUCAUACGGGUCAUGCAGCCGGCAGAACUGCCAAAUGAGACACAAGCAGCAACAAGAGACAUGCCCUGGGGACACGAUGCACCAGAAUCAAAUGUGUCUUAAUGAAUAUGACGUUCACUUACAGUUCUUUGGAAAAACUAACCCUGUUCCAAUAUUCCUUGUUUUAGGACUGGGAACAAUUUUGACAUCACAUGAAAUCUGAAGCAAUAAACGGGAAACAGCGGUUUCCUUAGCCUUAGAACA